CUUCAAGAGGUAUCUAAGGAGGCUGACAGGAGUUUGAUGGUCUCUCUUGCAGCCAGUGGCAGCUAAUGUGGUCUGAACCCUCUCUCUCUUUUUUUGCCAUUCACACACAGCACUUACUCUUCAAGCCUGCUGCUGCUGCCACUGCCUGAAAGGACCUGAAAUACCACACAGGGAAUUUUGAUUUCUUCUGGGGAACCGGGAAAAAAAAAAAAAAAAAGGCAGGAAAACUCAUCUGGAGAUUGCAAAGAAGACAUACAGCAACAGCAAGAAGUGGCAAGCUCUUUCCAUCCUGAACACCAAAAAACACCUAAUUUCUCUGCCAGGUGUAUGGGACUUAGAUUCUCCAAGCACUGCACUGAACUGUUAAAGGUAAACUAUGACCACUUUACUACUAGUGUUUGUGUGUUUGCGAGCCAUCACUGCGGCCACCUCUGUGGUGCUCUCAGACAGUAGUGAUGGCCUGGAAGUGAAGAUACCCGAGCAGUCUCCCCUGCGCGUUGCCCUGGGAAGCUCCCUGAACAUCCCCUGCUACUUCAACAUCCCGGAGGAAGAGGACACCAGUGCUCUCCUGACCCCGCGGAUCAAGUGGAGCAAGCUCUCAAAUGGAACAGAAGUUGUCUUGCUCGUGGCCACCGGUGGGAAAAUCCGUCUCAACACGGAGUACAGGGAGGUGGUCUCCUUGCCCAAUUACCCCGCCAUCCCCACCGAUGCCACCUUGGAAAUCAAGGCACUGAGAUCCAACCACACUGGGAUUUACCGCUGUGAAGUGAUGUAUGGGAUUGAGGACAGGCAAGACACAAUAGAGGUCCUAGUAAAAGGCGUCGUGUUCCACUACAGAGCAAUCUCCACGAGGUACACCUUGAACUUCGAGAAGGCCAAGCAGGCCUGUAUCCAGAACAGCGCCGUCAUUGCUACCCCCGAGCAGCUGCAGGCUGCCUACGAGGACGGGUACGAGCAGUGCGAUGCCGGCUGGCUGGCUGACCAGACUGUCAGGUACCCCAUCCAUCUGCCCCGGGAGCGUUGUUACGGCGACAAGGAUGAGUUUCCAGGAGUGAGGACCUACGGAGUCCGCGAGACUGAUGAAACCUAUGAUGUUUACUGCUAUGCAGAGCAAAUGCAAGGCAAAGUCUUCUACGCCACCUCCCCCGAGAAGUUCACCUUCCAGGAAGCAUUCGACAAAUGCCGCAGCUUGGGAGCGCGGCUGGCCACCACGGGGGAGCUGUACCUGGCCUGGAAGGAUGGCAUGGACAUGUGCAGCGCAGGCUGGCUGGCCGACCGCAGCGUCCGCUACCCCAUCUCCAGAGCACGGCCCAACUGCGGGGGGAACCUGGUGGGUGUGCGGACGGUGUACCUGUACGUCAACCAGACGGGGUACCCGCACCCCCACUCCCGCUACGAUGCCAUCUGCUACAGCGGUGAUGACUUUGAGACUCUAGUCCCGGGGCAGUUCACUGAUGAGGUGGGCAGCGAGCUGGGCAGUGCCUUCACCGUGCAGACCGUCACCCAAACCGAGGUGGAGCUGACCUUGCCCCGCAACGCUACCGAGGAGGAGGCCCGCGGCAGCAUCGCGACCCUGGAGCCCAUGGAGAUCACCCCCGCUGCCACGGAGCUGUACGAGGGCUUCACCGGCCUGCCCGAUCUCCUCGCCACCGUUGCCACAGGAGAGACAGCAUCCCCAGGGGAGGAGAACGUGACCAGAGAGGAAGUCACGGGGGUGUGGGCUGUGCCUGAAGAGGUCACUACGUUGGUAUCAGUCACCACUGUCACCACUGAAACGGCAGAGGUGAGCUCGGUGGAGGAGGCGGUGGGGGUGACUGCCACACCAGGGCUGGAGCCUGCCUCGGCGUUCACAGUGGAAGAUCAUCUUGUGCGAGUGACAGCAGUCCCUGAUGUCGCCCUCAUUCCCCGGCAGCCCAUUUCCCCCACCGGUGUGGUGUUUCACUACCGUGCCGCCACCAGCAGAUACGCCCUCUCCUUCGUGCAAGCCCAGCAGGCCUGCCUGCAGAACAAUGCGGUUAUCGCCACCCCCGAACAGCUCCAGGCUGCCUACGAGGCUGGCUUCGAUCAGUGCGAUGCCGGCUGGCUGCGGGACCAGACGGUCAGGUACCCCAUCGUGAAUCCCCGCAGUAACUGUGUAGGAGACAAAGAGAGCUCUCCAGGCGUGCGGUCGUAUGGCAUGCGCCCAGCCUCGGAGACCUACGACGUGUACUGCUACAUCGACAGGCUAAAGGGUGAGGUGUUCUUUGCCACCCAACCAGAGCAGUUCACCUUCCAAGAAGCCCAACAGUACUGUGAGAGCCAAAAUGCCACCCUGGCCUCUGUUGGGCAGCUCCAUGCUGCCUGGAAGCAGGGGCUGGAUAGAUGUUACCCUGGCUGGUUAGCCGACGGCAGCCUGCGGUAUCCUAUCGUGAGCCCCCGGCCCGCCUGCGGGGGAGAUGCGCCUGGUGUCAGGACCAUCUACCAGCACUACAACCAGACGGGAUUUCCUGACCCGCUGUCACGGCAUCAUGCCUUCUGCUUCAGAGCUCUGCCAUCUGUGGAGGAGGAGGGGGUUACCUCACUCUUUGAAGAAGAGGUGAUGGUAACCCAAGUGAUCCCCGGGGUGGAGGGGAUACCUUCCGGGGAGGAAACUACUGUGGAGAUGGAGUUUUCCACCGAAAUUGAGAACCGAACAGCCUGGGGAACAGAGGUCUUCCCAACUGACAUAUCGCUGCUCUCAGUGAGUCCAUCUGCUUUUCCUCCAGCUACCAUAAUACCAGAGGAAACAAGCACCAAUGCUUCCAUCACUGAAGUGUCAGUGUCAGGAGAGAUCCCUGAAUCCGGAGAGCAUCAAGUCAGUGGUGAAUCUUCAGCAUCUGGAUGGGUAUCUGGAGCCCCAGAUACAAGCGGAGAACCAACUUCUGGAGGUUUUGAGCUUAGUGGAGAACACUCAGGGAUUGGAGAAAGUGGAUUACCAUCUGUAGACCUGCAUACCAGUGGCUUUCUACCUGGAGAAAGUGGCCUGCCCUCAGGGGACCUGAGUGGCUUGCCUUCUGGCACUGUUGAUAUCAGUGGCUUACCUUCUGCAGAGGAAGAUAUAACUGUGUCUGCUUCCAGGAUACCAGAAAUUAGCGGGAUGCCAUCUGGAGUUGAAAGCAGUGGGCUGCAUUCUGGAUUUAGCGGAGAAAUCUCCAGUACUGAACUAAUCAGCGGCCUGCCAUCUGGAGAGGAAAGUGGGCUCACCUCUGGUUUUCCUACCAUCUCUCUUGUGGACUCUACCUUGGUAGAAGUUGUAACAACGGCACCGGGAUGGCAAGAGGAGGGAAAAGGAUCAAUUGGAGUCAGCGGUGAAGGAGAGCUAUCAGGGUUUCCAUCUGCUGAGUGGGACACCAGUGGAGGAGCCAGAGGGUUGCCCUCAGGAGCUGAAACCAGCGGGGAGCCCUCUGGGGUGCCUGAGCUCAGCGGGGAGCCCUCAGGGGUGCCUGAGCUCAGUGGGGAACCUUUCGGGGUGCCUGAGCUCAGCGGGGAACCUUCUGGGGUGCCUGAGCUCAGCGGGGAGCCCUCUGGGGUGCCUGAGCUCAGCGGGUUCCCCUCGGGGCUGGAUGUCAGCGGAGAACCUUCUGGAAUACCUGAGGUGAGCGGUGUGGUGGACCUCAGCGGCCUUACUUCUGGUGGUGAUGGAAGUGGUGAGGCCUCAGGCGUUACCUUUAUAAAUGCCAGCUUGGAGGAAGUGACAACCCCUUCAACCGCAGAAGCAGAAGCAAAAGAGAUUUUGGAAAUCAGUGGAUUGCCGUCAGGAGGUGGAGAGACAUCAGGCAUGGCGUCUGGGAGUUUGGAGGUCAGUGGUCAGCCUUCAGGACAUAUGGACUUUGGCGGGAGUGUUUCUGGGGUGCUUGAGAUGAGCGGACUUCCAAGCGGGGUCAUCGACGGCAGUGGAGAAGUCUCUGGUGUGGAUGUCACCAGCGGCCUACCUUCUGGAGAGGAAAGUGGACUCACCUCUGGCUUUCCUACGGUCUCUCUUGUGGAUACUACUUUGGUAGAAGUUGUAACGCAGACAUCAAUUGCACAAGAAGUGGGAGAAGGGCCAUCUGGGGUGAUGGAGAUCAGUGGAUUUCCUUCUGGAGACAGAGGACUAUCUGGAGAAGGGUCUGGAGCCGUGGAGUCUAGUGGGUUUCCUUCAGGGACAGGAGACUUCAGUGGAGAGCCAUCUGGGGUCCCGUAUUUCAGUGGAGACAUUUCUGGAGCUACGGAUAUAAGUGGACAACCUUCAGCAGUGACUGAUAUCAGUGGGGAGGUCUCAGGACUUCCAGAAGUCACUUUAGUCACUUCUGAUUUAGUAGAAGUUGUGACAAGACCAACAGUUUCACAGGAACUGGGUGGGGAAGCAGCUGUCACCUUUCCCUAUGGUUUUGGGCCAAGCGGUGAGGCCUCUGCAUCUGGUGAACUAAGUGGAGAAACAUCUGCACUGCCAGAAAGAGGUAUAGAAGCAUCAACAGUUUAUGAAACCAGCGGUGAAACAUCUGCAUAUCCUGAGAUUAGUGUAGAAACAUCCACAAUUCAAGAAAUCAGUGGGGAAACAUCUGCAUAUCCUGAGGUCAGUGUAGAAACAUCCACAAUUCAAGAAAUCAGUGGGGAAACAUCUGCAUAUCCUGAGGUCAGUGUAGAAACAUCCACAAUUCAAGAAAUCAGUGGGGAAACAUCCACAUAUCCUGAGGUCAGUGUAGAAACAUCCACAAUUCAAGAAAUCAGUGGGGAAACAUCCGCAUAUCCUGAGAUUAGUGUAGAAACAUCCACAAUUCAAGAAAUCAGUGGGGAAACAUCUGCAUAUCCUGAGGUCAGUGUAGAAACAUCCACAAUUCAAGAAAUCAGUGGGGAAACAUCCGCAUAUCCUGAGAUUAGUGUAGAAACAUCCACAAUUCAAGAAAUCAGUGGGGAAACAUCUGCAUUUCCUGAAAUUAGCCUAGAAACAUCCACAAUUCAGGAAGUAAGUGGAGAAACAUCUGCAUUUCCCGAAAUAAGGAUAGACACAUCUACAAGGCAAGAAGCCCGGGGUGAAACAUCUGCUUACCCUGAGAUUAUCAUAGAGACAUCCACAAUUCAAGAAAUCAGUGGGGAAAGUUCUGCCUUUCCUGAAAUUAGCACAGAAACAUCCACCAUUCAAGAAAUCAGUGGGGAAAGUUCUGCCUUUCCUGAAAUUAGCACAGAAACAUCCACCAUUCAAGAAAUCAGUGGGGAAAGUUCUGCCUUUCCUGAAAUUAGAAUAGAAACAUCCACCAUUCAAGAAAUCAGUGGGGAAAGCUCUGCCUUUCCUGAAAUUAGAAUAGAAACAUCCACAAGUCAAGAAGCCCGGGGUGAAACAUCUGGCUUUCCUGAGAUUACCAUAGAAGCCUCCACAGUCCAUGAAACCAGUGGAGAAACAUCUGCUUUCCCUGAAAUUACCAUAGAAGCCUCCACAGUCCAUGAAACCAGUGGAGAAACGUCUGCUUUCCCUGAAAUUAGCAUAGAGACAUCCACAGUCCAUGAAAUUAGUGGGGAAAGCUCUGCCUUUCCUGAAAUUAGAAUAGAAACAUCCACAAGUCAAGAAGCAAGGGGUGAAACAUCUGGCUUUCCUGAGAUUAGCAUAGAAGCCUCCACAGUCCAUGAAACCAGUGGGGAAGCAUCUGCAUUGCCUGAAAUUACCAUAGAAACUUCAACAGUUCGUGAAAUCAGUGGCGAAACAUCUGCAUUUCCCGAAAUCAGCAUAGAAACUUCGACAGUCCACGAAAUCAGUGGCGAAACAUCUGCAUUUCCUGAAAUUAAUGUAGAAACUUCAACAGCCCAUGAAAUUAGUGGUGAGACGUCUGCGUAUCCUGAAAUUAGAAUAGAAACAUCCACAAGUCAAGAAGCCCGAGGUGAAACAUCUGGCUUUCCUGAGAUUAGCAUAGAAACGUCCACUGUUCAUGAAACCAGUGGGGAAACAUCUGCAUUUCCCGAAAUUAGCAUAGAAACAUCAACAAGACAAGAAGCCAGGGGUGAAACCUCUGCCUAUCCUGAAAUUAGCAUUGAAACAUCCACCAUUCAAGAAGUAAGUGGGGAAACUUCUGCCUUUCCUGAAAUUAGAAUAGAAACACCCCCAAGUCAAGAAGCCCGGGGUGAAACAUCUGCCUAUCCUGAGAUCAUCAUAGAAGCCUCCACUCUCCAUGAAACCAGUGGGGAAACAUCUGCAUUAUCUGCUGUUAACAUGGAAACUGCUGCCACAUCUCUGGCCAGUGGUGAGCCCUCUGGUGCUCCUGAGGGAAAGGAAAUUCAUGAUGAAACAUCGGGAGCUGCGACACACUCAGUCACAGGCGUUUCGGGGGAAACCUCUGUCCCAGACGUUGUAAUUAGUACCAGCACUCCAGAUGUUGAGCUAACACAGGGACCCAGGAGCCCUGAAGAGGCUCAGCUCGAAAUAGAGCCCUCCACUCCUGCGGCAUCAGGACAAGAGACAGAAACAGCUGCUGUCCUGGACAACCCCCCUCUGUCAGCCACCGCUACUGCUGCUCUGCCUCAAGCCUCACAAGAAGCCAUCGAGGCAUUAGGACCCACUACAGAAGACACUGAUGAGUGCCACUCAAGCCCCUGUCUGAACGGAGCUACCUGCGCUGAUGGCAUCGACUCUUUCAAAUGCUUAUGCCUUCCCAGCUACGGAGGGGACCUGUGUGAGAUCGACCUGGAGAACUGCGAGGAUGGCUGGACCAAGUUCCAGGGGCACUGCUACAGGCACUUUGAAGAGAGGGAGACAUGGAUGGACGCGGAGACCAGGUGCCGAGAACAUCAAGCCCACCUGAGCAGCAUCAUCACCCCAGAGGAGCAAGAAUUUGUGAACAGCCACGCGCAGGACUACCAGUGGAUCGGGCUCAGCGACAGAGCCGUGGAGAACGAUUUCCGCUGGUCCGACGGGCACUCACUGCAAUUUGAGAACUGGCGGCCCAACCAACCCGAUAACUUCUUCGCCGCGGGUGAGGACUGCGUUGUGAUGAUCUGGCACGAGCAAGGCGAAUGGAACGACGUCCCCUGCAACUACCACCUGCCUUUCACGUGCAAGAAAGGAACAGUUGCCUGCGGGGAUCCCCCCGUGGUGGAGAACGCCAGGACCUUCGGCCGGAGGAAGGACCGCUACGAAAUCAACUCCCUGGUGCGGUACCAGUGCGACCAGGGCUACAUCCAGCGCCAUGUGCCCACCAUCCGCUGCCAGCCCAAUGGGCAGUGGGAGGAGCCGCGGAUAUCCUGCAUAAACCCCUCCAGCUACCAGCGCAGGCUAUACAAGAGGAGCCCCCGGAGUCGGUCGAGACCCAGCGGCAGCGCCGUGCACAGACCCACCCAUUAGAGCGGGGCGAGAGACACCGAGGGGCAAACAGAGAGAGAAAGAGAUUUUUACAGAACAGUUAUAUUAACAGAGUCGAUUUCUUCUUCUUCUUGUUGCUUUUUGUCAUAUAAGGAAAAAAAAAUUAUAUUAAAGACAAACCCACCUUUGUGUAUAUAUAUAAAAGAAAAAAAAAAUUAAUGUUUUUCCAAGCACCAAAGCAAAGCGAAUUAGAAGUCAGCCUUUUUACUAACCGUCCGGUUCCAAUUAUCUUCGUGCCUUCGGGGACAGGGAGGGGGGUGGGUUUGCAGAGGGCAGGGGGUUAAGUUAAAUAAUAAAGAUGAUUAUUUUUUUCCUGAUUUUAUCCACGAACAAUGUAAUUAUUUCUGUUAUUUAAUCUCCAGGGUGGACAGCACCUUUUGGGGUUAAUUUUAUUUUUAAUUUUUUUUUUCCAGAAUCCUCCUACUGCUGCGGCGCGUCGGGGC